AUGAGCUUGAUUCGGUCUUAUGAGCCGGGGAGCCCGGGUUCGACGCCUUCUUUGGGGGAGGCGGGUUUGAACGACCGUUUUGUGGAUGAGAACGGAAACGAGUGGGUGUGGGACGGCGAGGACUACGUGGUGGAGGACGCCGAAGGGACGAGGUGGGUGUUCGACGGUGAGGACUGGUUGGCCAAAGGUGACAAGGGGUUACGUUGGCUGUUUGAAGACAACCAGUGGCUGGUCAAAGGCCACGACGGGCAGCGGUACCGCCAGGAUGCAGAUGGGAAUCUGCUCAAAGCUUCCACGCCGCUCCCACAGGCGGCGCCGGCCGCUCAGGCAAGAACCGAACCGACCCCUAAGGCGGAACCCACCCCAGCACCAACCGCCAAGAGACACAAACACCGACACAGACAUAGACACGCCCACACGCCACCGCCGCGUCCACGAGAACAAAUACACGUCGAGGCCCGACUACCCCCGCUGCCUCCACCACAAACCCAACUGCCCCUGGCCAGACCCGUUUACCGCAACGUCGCCCCUGAGAUCAUACGCUUCCCCGCCGCCGGCUCCGGCUACGCUAGCGGUCUCGGACCAGCCCGCUACAACCAACCCCCCAUGGCCGCGAAACCCGGCGCUGCCCACGCCGCGUGUGCACACACUUUUCACAGAGGCCCCAGCUGCCCCGCCCACGACUGCGAGUGUCGCCGAACCGACUCCGACUGCAAACACGGCAAUGGCCACGGCAACGGCAAUGGUCAUGGCGGUGGUAACGGCCAUGGCGGCAUCGGCAAUGGUCAUGGCAGUGGUAACGGCCAUGGCGACGGCAACGGCCACGGGGGCGGGAAGCAUUCUCCUGGGGCGAGCGGCAAAGUGAAUGGAGGCAGUGGAGGGAAAGAGGGCGACGUGGAGAUGCCGACUGUGUGUCAGCGAUUGAAGAACUGCAUCGGGAACUUUUUGUUCUCCAAGAAUGAAGCGGCGGCGGGGACGUCGACGACGGGUUCGGUGCCUUCAGUUCACAGUCCGUGCACCCCCCCGCACUUGUCGGCUGACCAGUUUUACGCCAAUGCCAAGUCUGCUGCGAACCUGGCGGCGACUCAGGCGGCGAAGCUGAUGGAGGUGUCAGUUCCUGAGGGUGGAGCGUUGGGUAGUCCGGCUGGUUUGUUGAGUCCAGCGGGGUUGAGUCCGAAUGGCGGCCACAGUCCAAACGGUUUGAGUCCGAAGGUGUUGACGGUUUUGCCGCAGGGUUCGAAAUUGGUGCCGUUGAGUCAAGCGUUGCGACUGGAGCGAAUGAAGCGGAACAUUGUGGGGGAUGUGCCGGAGGCGGCUGCGACUGCCGGGUCUCCGCUUCCGUUGACGCCGGCGACAUUGCCGGGUACGCCGAAAGAGGGUCCGACGGCGGCGCUGGAGCGUUACCGGAACAUUGCGUUGAACCUGGUGAACUUUGAGAAGGAAAUGAACAACGUAGAGUCGCGUCAGUUGAUGCUGAGUCAGUUGACGGAGUUAACGAAGAACCUGUCGGAGCGAGACGGGCCGGCAACGGCUGCGGACGAGUUGAUUAUGACGUUGUGUGCGACAAUGCAGGGUUUGAUUCAAGACAACAUACGUCGCAUUAACCAGACGACGGGUAUCGAGGCGUUGUGGAGUCCGAAGGAGGCGUACCGUAUGGAUGCUUUGAGUAGCAAGACGGGUCAGGUGAUCAAUGAGGCGAGCAUGAAGUUGGAGGAGACGCAGAGUCAGUUGCAGGCAGUAACACGGGAAGUACUAGACUUGUUGCACAACCCGACGGGUGUGAUCCGUACUCCAGAGCAGAAGGAGGGCAUGUCCAAAUUGUUGGAGGAUGAGGUGAUCAAAUUGUUUGAGGUGCGCAAGACCUUCGAGCGCCUUUCAACGGAGUGCAGUGAUUUGCGCGAGAACGCAGAAGCGCUAGCGUUCUCGGACCCCAAGUGCCCCUGUCGACCGCAGGCUCGUCUAAUAGAGGAGGAUUGUCGUUUUCUUCUGGAGCGUUUGCGCGAGACGACUGAAUCAUUGAAAAUCGCGCGGGAACGACUUUUAGUAUCCCAAAUCCGCGAAAUGCAUCAGAAAAAUAAGGCCGAGUAUUUCAGCGCUCAACUGAGGGCCUUGGUCGCCAAGGGUGCGUCCAGUAACAAUAAAGUCAUUCAGCUGGUUAACGAAGGUGCAGAACGAAUGGAACACAGCGAAAUCGAUCUGGCCAAACGUCUCGCCGCUCUCGAACAGCAAUUGGACGCCUUCAAACGAGGCAACACACCAGCCCAAACCGGCAACGAUGUCUCACUCGCCAGCAGAUUGUUUGCACUGUCACAAGAAGACCAAGCAACAUUGAAAGCCAAACAGCAGCCUGUUGUGGUUAAACAACUGGCACCACUUCAACAAGCACCACUCAGAACACUACCCAUUGUACAACCUCCCAACAUGGCCGCUGUCGAACUUAGAGUUACCGGGGAGGAAUCAGGAGCUGUCAAACAACUUGCAGAUGUCAUGCAACAACUACUCGAUGCUAAAACCAAAAUACAGGACAACUCAUCUCUGGACACAACUAUUGAACGAGUGGUCGCCAGUAUCCGCAAGGUUAUCAACAAGAUUGAUGAGGGUGUGGAUACUGAAGAGAACGCUAAUCUUGCUCGACAACUCUCUAAGGAUAUCACCAGACUUGCAUUCAAACAAUUGCCAGAAGGAUUACCUGUUGCUGAUUCUAAUCUUCUCCGUGGCAUUCAAGAUAUGGCACAGAGAUGUCAUAACCUGGCCUCCGAAUUGAAACAAGCGAGACCAAGAGGACAUAUUCCUUUCGACCCUUCCUUUAAUGAGCGAGCGGGAUGA